UGCGCUGGGCGGGGCGGGCCGGCCCGGAGGGACCUCGCCCCGGGUCACGCCGGCGCCCGCGAGCCGAGCGCGGCGGGGAGAGCGCCAUGGAUCCCAAAACGGGCGGUGGCGAGGAGGAUGACUGCGUGGACUCGGGCGCCGAGACCGGAGGGUCUGACUACAGCCACAUGUCCUCCACCAGCAGUGAGCUCUCCGUGGAGGAGGCGCAGGACCCUUUCCUGGUUAGCAUCCACAUAAUCGCAGACCCCGGGGAAUCCCAGCCCCUGCAGGAGGCCAUCGACAAGGUCUUGGCCUGGAUCCACCCGGACUUGCAGCUGUUCCGGGUCUCCGAAAGGGGAGUGUCGCGGCGGCGGCGGAAGCCUGCGAAGGUGGCGCAGCCGGCGCUGGCGGUGGUUCUGUUCCUGCAGGAGGAGUACGGCGAGGAGCAGAUCCUGCAGCUGCACCGCACGCUGCAGCGGCCGCCCUGGCGCCACCACCACACGGAGCGCGUGCCGCGCAGGUUCCUGCCCUACCUGCCGUGCAGCCAGGACUUCUUCACGCUGGCCCCCGGCACGCCGCUGUGGGCCAUCCGGCCCGUGCACUACGGCCGGGAGAUCGUGCGCUUCACCAUCUACUGCCGCCACGACAACUACGCCGACAUCCUCAAGUUCUACGAGCUGAUCCUCCGGCGCAGCCCCAGCCAGAAGAAGACCGACUUCUGCAUCUUCCCCAUUUUCUCCAAUCUGGAUGUGGACAUCCAGUUCUCCCUGAAGAGACUGCCCUGUGACCAGACCCCGGUCCCCACCGACUCCUCGGUGCUGGAGUUCCGGGUCAAGGACAUCGGCGAGCUCGUGCCUCUGUUGCCCAAUCCCUGCAGUCCCAUCAGUGAGGGGCGCUGGCAGACGGAGGACCUCGAUGGGAACAAGAUACUUCUGCAGGCGCAGAGGGUGCACAAGAAGUGUCCUAAACCCGGCAGAACUCAGGCCUCAUCAGAGCAGAAGUCUCACGCGGCGCUGGCCCCCAGCACCACGGCUCCCAGCGGCACACCUGGCGGCAGCCAGCAGCCCCUGCCGGGCAGUUCGGGCCCAGGCCCUGGCCACACGGGCCUGCCUCCUGGGCAGCGGCAGGAAUUUGCCAGACGAGCCAGCAGCCCUCCCAGCCUUCCCUGGUCCUUCCAGAGAAGCAAGUCCUUGUUUUGUUUGCCCACAGGAGACCCCUCCCCGGGCUCCUCAGCUCUACCACAGUGGUUCUCGAACACAGGCGAUCCGGGGCACAGGGCAUCGGAGUGGAGGCACGGCUGCCUCCCCUCCAUCGAUGACUUGGAGGGGGCCCAGGAGACAGACGUGGACACGGGCCUCCACCUGUCCUCCUCGGACCUCUCGGUGGUCUCAGCGUAUUCCGCACCCAGCAGGUUCUGCAGCACCCUGGAAGCAGCCCUCCCCUCUGAAAGAUGCGGCGGCCCCUGGUCCAAGCCCAGGGGUUCCAGAGAAGGACCGCUGCCCACUGGAGGUGGGGUGACCACGGAGACCUCCUGGGCUUCCCUCCCUUUCUUCACCAAAGGGCCUUCCGGCUCCUCUGCCACGGCUACUGCGGCUGCUGCCGGCACCCCCUCGCUCACAGAGUCCUCACCGGAGUUUCCCAGGGGUGAUCCCAGCGCCGAGCACACUGGCAGGGACGCCCCACCGCCCGCCGUGUUGGCUGGACCCGCGGACAGUGAUAUGGAGGAAUUCUUCAUCUGAACACUCCCUGCUCUUGCUUUCCAGACACACUGGCUCAGGUCCUCCUGGCCCCGCCGGGGUCUGCACCCCCGCCCGCGUUCUCGGCCCGCUCCCUGCGGCGUGUCCGGGGUCUGCCUCACGGGUUCUCAGCACACUGACCACACCGCACACGCUUACCUGAGAGGGGGCAGAUUUCUGGAGACUCAGCGGAAGAGUACUAGCACUUUUAUGCAGAUAAAUUUUCAAGCUUCUUUUGUAAGAUUUUUGUGAAUACUCAGUUCCUUUUGAGAUAUGGUCUGGUGCACUUAAUACAAUUUAAAUGCUUCAUAUAAUUAUUUGAAAUGAAAAGAAAACCUAGUCAGCCAGAGCUGAUUUGGCAAUUUUUCACGCUGUGAAGGAAAAACCAAGCCAAAAUGUUGAAUGUGGGGAAGAUACUAAGUAACCUGUAGGAGAGAUUAGUGCACGAUAAGGUACAGUACAACUUACUAGAUUCUGCAUACACACUUGCAUUACCGGGGACCAGUGGCCCUAAGAAUUUCCAGGAAGUGCUGGUAGUUGAAAAACUCAGCUCGAUAAAACCGUAAACAGCUAUCAGACUACGGUAGUGCCUCACUUUGAUGCCAUGCAACAUCGGAAAAUCUGGACUUAUGCAAAAGUAGAUAAUAUAUUUUAGAAGGAUUUAUCCUGAGUAACAGACUCUUAUAUGAUUUGAGUUCCAAAAAUCCAGAUUUGCAUCCACUUUUCCAAUGGCACCUUCACUGUAACAAGUAGAGUCCACAGAAGACCACUCCACUGCCUGGAUUUAUUUGGAUCACUAAGGAAUUACUCCCUGGAGUUUCAAAGCAAUAGCGUAUUAGUCAUAAGGGUAGGUAGUCUUAAGAUUCUUCAAUUUUGAAACCCACAAUCUAAGGGCUAUGUAUAUACGUCUCUAUAUAAAGGACAGGAGCCACAUUUUAUACCACUUUUUCCAAUAAACAUACAUUGUCACACACCCUAAUCUUUUCAUUUUUAAAUACUUUGUUACAUUUUUUAAGUGGCAUUUCGAUUGCACAGAUUAAAAAAUGCCCCCAUCUUCUCCAAAUGGCAAGCUUUAUAGGAAAUGGCACCCUGGACAAACACUGUUUCAUGGCUAGCCUUCCAUGAGUGCAUAGAAGCCUUAAUUGAAGCCAGAGCUCUAGCCUAACCUUAGCCUUUUCUGCCUGUUACCUGCUUCCUUCGAGCUUGAAUGGUAGUUAAAUCUCACCUUUCUCUCUCCAGUAAGGGUAUGUUUACAAUUCCAGACUCAGCAGUGCCAAGUGCCGCCACCGGGGGCAGUGCCGAGCUGUGCCUGGGUGCUACUCACCUUUGAGACCAAUGGUAAUGGAUUGAUUUGCCUUGCUCGGUUCCUAGUCUGGUGCUUUUUGCCUACAUGACUCGUAGCCCAGCUCUCACCUCUCUGGAAGUGCCCACACCAGUCCAGACAUAGCCUCAGAAGCCUCUUCCACACUGUCCUCCAGGCUGCCAUUAAGCCUUUGCCGUCCCUGUAAUGAGAACCCUCCGAUCCUGUCCCAAACAUCCUGGAUAUUCCUGGCCUCCAAAAUUAGAAUAUUAUCCAUUAUAACUAAAUAAAAACAUGAUCUCUUCUAAUGCUGAGCCAGGAAUGAGCAAGCUUUUUUUCUAGAAAGGGCUAAAUAAUAAACAUAUUAGGUUUUUGCCAGCCAUUUGGUUUCUGUUGCAACUACUCAGCUCUGUCAUCACAGUGUGAAAGCAGCCAUGGAAGAUAUGUAAGUGAAUGGGCGUGGCUGAGUUCCAAUAAAGCUUUAUUUACAAGAACAGGCAUAACCCUCACCCUAGACUGAGGUCGAUGUACAGUCUCAGGCACAGUCAUCAAUAAAGCAUCUAAGUCUGCAGUCCUCUCAUGCUGUGGGGUCCUCACGUCACACCAGUGACUACAGAACCACAGGGCUCAGAGCAGUGAGGGACUUCUUUCUGCUGAGAUGGUUCCUAGAAAGCCACGAGCUGACUACCUCCCGUCUGGAAAUGUGACUCAUGGCAGCUGAGGAUGAAAAACAACAUGCUAACAUUAGGGAAGAGAAAAAUAACUCAGGUGUUGAUGCAGCCUCUAAGGAACAGGAGGCCCGCUCAUGAGUAGCAAACAUCAAUGAGGCAUAAAUAAGUGGACCAACUGCCAAGUGAUGGCUCCUCCUGGCUUCACCCCUACCAGUACCCUUGUUUAAUAUACUUGCAUGCACCCCUAGGAUUGCUUUGGAGCCCAACCCUGAUGCUUUCCGGUCCAACCCCUUCUCAGUGACCCACCCUCAGCACAGUCCAGUCUACCAAAUUCAGCAACCCUGAAGGAUGUCAGUGACACCAUUUAAAGGCAGGAAAUGCAAGAUUCCCCCAUAAUGCAGGGGGAGCACUGAGGGAAGCCGCCACAGACCACAUUCAAGCAUCCGCCUUCCUGCCCAGGCUGCGGGCAGUAGUGGCAGUACACCCUGUGCAGAAGCAUGUCACAGAGAGAGAUUGACAAAGCCCUGGCUUCAACCUCUGGCUGUAUGCUAGCAUUUUCCUCCUCCAGGAAGUCUCCGGACGCCCACUGGGGGAUCCUGACUCGGGUUACUUUUGUUGUGAUAGGUACUGGCAUACUGCAAAUGCUCAAUAAAUUUGUUCAAUUAAAAAAA